GCAAAAACUGUCCGGGGGGGUGCGACUGUGACCGAGAGGGGGCUCUUUGCCGGGGGGGGGCCGGGCUGCCCCGGGGGCUGCCCCCCCGCCUGGCUACGCUGUCCCUGGUGCGGUGGCACAUCGAUGUUCCUGGGCGAGGGCAGCUUCCGUGACACCCCGGCCCUGCAGCUGCUGUUGGUCACUGCUGGGCGCCUGGGGACCAUCGGGGAUGGGGCCUUUGCCGGGCUGGCGCUGCUGGAAUACUUGUUCAUUGAGGACAAUGAGGUGGGGACGAUCGCCCCCACGGCGCUGCGGGGGCUCCGGGGGCUGCUCUACCUGAGCCUGGCCAACAACCGCCUGGAGACGCUGCCCCGGGGUCUCUUCCAGGGGCUGGAGACGUUGACCCAGCUGGACCUGCGGGGGAACCCCUUCCAGUGCGACUGUCGCCUGCGCUGGCUGAUCAGCUGGUUGGGCAGCGUGCCCCCCCCCGGAGAAUUGGGGCGCUGCCGGGGACCCCCCCACCGCCAAGGGACCCCCCUGGCCCAGCUUCAAGCCCGCGACUUCCACUGCCUCGUCUCCGAGCUGCGCCCCUUCCAGUCGUUGCCCUUCUCCUCGCUGGCGGCCGAGCCCUUCGCCCUGGGGGGGCACCCAGGGGUGGCCCUGGCCCAACCCUUCGCCGGCGCCUGCGCCCUCUUGGAGUGGGACCAGUUGGCCGGGCGCUUCCGGGCCCCCACCAUCAUCAACGGCUCGUCACCGGUGGCCUGCCACCCCCUGCAGCUGGGGGGGGCCUUGGUUGUGGUGGUGGCCCAACUGGGCGGCGGUUCGGCCGUCUGGCGCCGAGCCGGCGGUCCCGGCGGUCGUUUCGUCCGGUUGCAGGCGUUGGGCAACGGUCGUUUACGACGUCCCCACGCGGUGGCCAGCGCCCGGCUGGGAGGUCACUGGUACCUGGGCGUGGCCGAUAGCUCCAAGGGUGGCACCAGCACCCUCUUCCGUUGGGGGGGGCGAGGAUUUUACCCCCACCAAGCUCUCCGGCCGUGGCACCGGGACACCCACCUGGAAUUUUUGGAGUUGGGCGGUCGACCGGCGUUGGUGGUCUGCAGCGGCACGCGGAGACCCUUGGUCUACCGGUGGAGCGGGGGGGUCUUCGCCCCCCACACCGACAUCCCCCACGUCCCCGACGUCUACGCCGCCAAGCACUUCCGGCUGUGGGGUCACGUCUUCCUCUGCUUGACCCGGUUCCUGGGCGACGCCAAGGUGAUGCGUUGGGAAGGUUCCAUGUUCCGGGAGGUGCAGCAGGUGCCGGCGCGGGGUUCGAUGGUCUUCCAACCGUUGGCGUUGGCCGGACAACGCUACGUGAUCUUGGGCAACGACUACGCCCCCAGCCGCGUCUACCGCCUGGGUGCCGGCGGCCAUCUUGAACCCACCCAGGAGCUUUUGGCCGCCACGCCCCGUGCCUUCGCCCCUCUGUCCCUCGGUCAUCGUCAUUUUCUGGUGGCCUCCAGUUUCAAAGGGGCCACCCAGAUCUACCGGCACGUCACCGUCGACUUGGGCUCUUGAGUUGACGCCCAAGCGGCACGUCGCGGUGGAGCCGGGGCCU